AUGAUCCAUGAAUUCUCCAGUUGGGCUGGGAAGGUGUUGAUGGCCACACUGGUGCUGGUGGCUCCACUGUGGCCUACAGCCUGGGAGUCCUCGGGACAGAUGGCAGCGGGACUCCGGAAGCACCAGCCCUCCGUGGGAACCAGCAUCCGUGGUCCAAGGUCCGGCUAUAUUACAGAAUCAACAAAUACUAAUGCAAGUACAGAGAUUUCCAGCCUUUUGGAUGAAGUGCCCAAACACAGACACAGCACUGGAGUUAACCAGUGGAAGAGAAGAAACCCUCAGAAGCUUAUUCAAAGGAAGAACAACAUAGACGCUUGUCCUGAAUGUGGUCACGUGAAACAGAAACAUGUCCUUUGUGGCUAUUGCUAUGAGAACGUGUGCAAGGAGACUGCAGAAAGCAGGAGACAGAUAGGGAAACGAGAAGGGGGCCUUUGA